GUACUCCGUAUAUCUACAGUUCCCCAAAAACCCGUCGAACAAAAUCGCCGCUUCAGCAUUUCACGUUUCUUUUCCCAGAUUCCGAUCGCCGGAUCUUAGAAAGGGGAAUCGCCGACCGGAGAUGCGAAAUAGGAGAAUUAAGCACCUCAGCUACCUUCUUCUGGUACUCGUAGCCCUAUUUCCGGCUGCUACACUCGGCCGGCAAUUCGUCCUCGUCAUCUCACAGGACGAUCUCAAGGACCAUGGAACUGAUCCCGGCGCAGCCCCCGUUGAAACGGAUUCCACGGAGUCUGAAUUCGACGAUUUUAUAAUCUCCGACGCAAAACCUGACCACGAGCUCGACCCGGGAUCAUGGAGUCCGAUCUUCGAGCCCGGACGGGAUCCGGCGAGUCAAGACGAUCUGGAGGCUGCGUACUAUCUGGCCGUGAGGAAGAUGGUGACCGCUUGCAGCCGGGGGGACGUGAGGGGCAUGGAGGAGGCCGGGUCUGAGAUGGAGGCCACGGCUGCUGCUGGGCACCCGCACGCGCAGUCAGUCCUGGGGUUUUUGUACGGUACCGGUAUGACAAGGGAGAAGAACAAGGCCAAGUCUUUUUUGUACCACCAUUUUGCUGUUGAAGGCGGCAAUAUGCAGUCCAAGAUGGCUCUUGCUUAUGCGUACUACCGCCAAGAAAUGCAUGAUAAAGCAGUUACACUGUAUGCUGAAUUGGCAGAGGUGGCUAUAAAUAGUUUUCUAAUUUCAAAGGACUCGCCUGUGAUUGAACCAGUUCGGAUACAUAGUGGAAGUGAGGAAAACAAGGAAGCAUUGAGAAAGUCUCGGGGAGAAGAGGACGAGGACUUCCAGAUUUUGGAAUACCAAGCACAGAAAGGGAAUGCAGGGGCAAUGUACAGAAUUGGUAUAUUUUACUACUUUGGAUUGAGAGGAGUGAGACGUGAUCAUUCCAAGGCAUUAUCGUGGUUCUUGAAGGCUGUCGAAAAGGGUGAGCCAAGGUCAAUGGAACUUCUUGGUGAAAUUUAUGUGAGAGGAGCAGUAGUUGAGAGGAACUACACCAAGGCAUUAGAGUGGCUAUCACUUGCUUCCAAGCAACAACUCUAUUCAGCCUAUAAUGGCAUGGGAUAUCUUUAUGUAAAAGGUUAUGGCGUGGAAAAGAACUAUACCCAGGCAAAAGAGUAUUUUGAAAAGGCUGCUGAUAAUGAUGAGCCUGGCGGAUUCUACAACCUUGGUGUGAUGUAUCUGAAAGGACUUGGGGUAAAAAGAGAUUUAAAGCUGGCCAGCAAGUAUUUUAUAGGAGCUGCUGAUGCGGGUCAGCCAAAGGCUUUUUAUCAAUUGGCAAAAAUGUUCCACACUGGUGUGGGGCUUAAAAAGAAUGUUCCAAUGGCAACUGCCUUGUACAAACUAGUUGCAGAACGUGGACCAUGGAGUUCUUUGUCUAGAUGGGCAUUAGAGUCAUAUCUGAAGGGAGAUAUUGGGAAGGCUUUUCUACUGUACUUGAGGAUGGCAGAGUUGGGCUAUGAGGUUGCACAAAGUAAUGCAGCUUGGAUUCUUGACAAAUAUGAACCAGGGACUAUGUGCAUGGGAGCAUCUAGCAUUUGCACAGAUGCAGAGAGGCAUCAGCGCGCACAUGCCUUGUGGUGGCAAGCUUCUGAGCAGGGUAAUGAACAUGCUGCUCUACUCAUCGGAGAUGCAUAUUAUUAUGGUCGGGGUACUGACAGAGAUUAUGAGCGUGCAGCGGAAGCUUAUAUGCAUGCCAAAUCACAAUCCAACUCUCAAGCCAUGUUUAAUCUGGGAUACAUGCAUGAGCAUGGACAGGGAUUGCCAUUCGAUCUUCACCUUGCAAAGCGUUACUAUGAUCAAGCAUUGGAUAAUGAUCCUGCAGCAAAACUCCCUGUAACACUGGCCCUUGCAAGCUUGUGGAUAAGAACAAACUAUGCUGACAGCUUCCUGGUUCACGUGAUUGAUUCGUUUCCGGAUGUUUACCCAAAAUUGGAAAUAUGGGUGGAGGACGUUCUAAUGGAAGAAGGGAACGCCACAAUACUCACACUCAUCGUUUGCCUGUUAACUGUGCUUUACCUACGCGAGCGCCAACGAAGACAUGCUGCUGCUUUAGUCGGACAGGCUCCCCCUCAUCAGCCGGAUGGGCAGGGUGCACCCGUAGCCAAUUAACUCUUACUAAAAUAUGUAAACAUUGGUCGAAUUGUGGUUUUGUGGAGGUGGUGGCAUCUUCCCAUAGUGCUGCUGUACAGAGGCUCUAUUUACAUCCCAUUGCUAAAAAGGAAAACUGUCUUUUUGUUUGCCAUUUCCAGCCUUCUUGCAGUCUGUAACAUUGGGUAUUGUCAGUCGUGAGCAAGUGGGAAUUUCUUUAGGAGAAAAGUUGUAUUUUAAGUAAUUUAACAUAGUCACAGAGAUACAACAUUUGAUCGAAUCUGUGUCCCGGAAAACAUACGAAGACAUUCAUUUAUGUGAAAUUUGCAAUAAAUAGGACUAAAACAUAAUGAUUUUUCUAAUGUAGGACUUAAACUUUUUUAUUCCCUAAAUAGGACUAAAUAAUGACCUCGUGGAGGAAUAAUGUCCAGUAAUACUAGACAUUUACUUGAAUAAUGACUACUUUGUUAAUGACCAAAAGUCUUACAUUGGGAAAUAAAAACAAAUGGUCCUAUAUUGG